AUGGGCAGCAAAACAACAUCAACGGCGCCGGCGCUCUAUGUCGACGAAGACUGCAACUUCUCCGUCAUCCGCAAUCUUCCCAUCCCCGACCCCGUAGAUGGCGAGGUCCUCGUCAAGGUUCUCUACUCUGGCGUAAAUCCCGCCGACGUCAAACACGCACCAUACAUCGGCGUCCGCUCAGUGACCCUCGGCUACGACUUUUGCGGCCGAGUCGUCCGGGCUGCUGGCGAAAAUGCGUCGUCCGCCUUCAAGCCGGACGACCUGGUGGCCGGCUACGUACCCACCGGCAUGGGCAAACCAAUGAGACACGGCGCGCACCAGGAGUACCUGAGCUGUCCGGAAGACAUGCUCUUCAAGGUUCCGGAUAACCUGCCCCAGACGCACGCCGCGAGUCUCACGGUGGUGCUGACCACAGCCGCCGACGGGCUGUACAAUAUCUUUGGAUACCCUCUCCCUGGGGAGAAGGCGAAGGAAGGGUUCAAGGCUGGUCCGCUACUUAUUUGGGGCGCCUCCGCCAGCGUUGGACUUUGCAUGCUGCAAUUAGCGCGGGAGAGCGGUGCGAGCCCCAUUUUCGUCACCGCGUCGCCUGGGCGGCAUGAGAUGCUCACUAAGAUGGGGGCGACGCGCUGCUUCGAUUAUAACGCCCCAGACGUGAUUUCUCAGAUCAAGAAGGCGGCGGAGGAGGCUGGCGCGGGGCCAAUUCGCUACGCGGCCGAUUGUGCGGGUUCAAGGGGUGAGGUCACCUCGGCAUCACAGACGGAGGCUUGUGUUGAUGAGAAUGCUAUUAUUCUGUCUGUCGUGGCGAAGCCGGGUGGGAGAAUCAAGAUGCCGCUGGCAUCGGCGAAUACGGAAAUCACACUACAGCUGGGCGGUGGUCCCCUUAUCACGAUCCCUCCACGGCUGGAGGAUUGGGGCAGGAUGUGGAAGGCGUUGAUGUGGUCUGUUGAGAAUUACGGCACCGAGUUCUCGAUUCCUGUGGUGGAUGUUUUCAAGGGAACGGCGGAGGAUGCGCUGGAGGAGGUGAAGAAGGUUGCUGACCAGGGCAAGUUUGGUAAUGAGGCUGUAGAUGUAAGGCCGGAGCCAGCCGGCCCCCUCGGCAGCUCAGGGCCGACGAUAAGCAGCGCAUUCCCGGACAAGCUCCGGUCCUGCGCCGGUCCAACGGGUCCAGACUCCGGCGUGAUUCUGCGAAACCUAAGAGCUCUCUUCCACCCUCUCUGUGACCGUACCUUAUCCCAUCCACACACCCAACCACCCGUCCCGAUGGCCGCCGAUGCAGAUGAACGGACGCCCCUCCUCAAAAUCAAAUCCGGCGCCGGGGCCGUGAAGCGGGUCGGUCGCGGCCUCUGGUCACCCGCAAACCGUAUCCUGUUCGCCGGCUUCCUCGUCUCCCUGACACUAGGCCUCACUCAAGUUCCCAUUAUCUACGUCUUCCGUGUAAUGGCAUGCGAAACCUUUUACAAGUCUCACGUGCCCUACGACGGCCCCGCCUCGGAAAUGUGUCACCGCCGUGAGAUUGACGCAAACACGGCCACCCAGGUCUCCAUCCUCGGCAUGACCACCUCCGUGUGCGGCAUUCUUAACCUCUUCAUCUGCGGCGACCUCAUCAAGCGCUGGGGUACCCGCUGGGCCCUUAUCAGCCAGACCGGCCUGCUCGGCAUCCGCGUCUCGUGCCAGGUCCUCGCCGUGUCGCAGGGCGCGCAAAAGGGAAUCGACAUGAUGCAGUACACGCAGCUUAUUGGCAUCUUUGGUGGGCCGAGGGGAUACAUGCUGGUUUUGAACACGGCAAUUGCGGAGGUUGUCGAAAGAAGAAAGCAUACGGGCGUGUUUGGUCGGCUGCAGGGUGCAGUCAUGAUCGGCACCGCCAUAGGGUACUUGCUCGGCGGUGUUUUGGGUGAUGUGUUCGGCAUCACCAGUCCUUUCAUCGUUGCCAUCGGCUGCUUUGCCUUUGCAACGACCUACGGGGCCAUCUUCUGGCCGGCACCCCCAGAAGAGACGGAGCAGACGGACGGCAAGACAACGCCCGGCGCUUCUGGCUUCCUGGCUCCUAUCAAGGUGCUCAUGCCGUCCAAGUACCGUCUUGAAUCUAGCAAGAUUGUGAAAAACCAUGGUCUCGUCUUUCUGGCCCUGGGCAUCUUCUUCGGCGUGUUCGCCACGGGUUAUGCGCCCAUCCUCAUCCAGAUGUACGCCACCUCCCGCUUCAACUUUGGCACAACGGAGAACGGUAUCCUCAUGUCCGGCAACUCGUGGAUCCGCGGCAUCUUCUUGAUGUUCAUCUUUCCGGAAAUAAUCGACAGCGGACGCAGAUGGUUUGCCUCGUCAUCCCAUGCCGGAGCUCUUCAAAAGACGCUCACCCAGGAGGAACGGAGUGUCAUCCCCACUCACCCCGAGGACAUGGACCCGGCACCCGGCUUGAUGAACGCUUCCGAGCCAACAAAGGCGCCGCCUGAAGAGGAGGACGAGGAUAGCACUUUUGACCUGUUCUUCCUGAGGUGGAGCUUGGUGGUGGAUGGCAUUGUCACGUCCCUCGCGGCUUGGGCAACGGAGGGCUGGCAUGUCUAUGCCGCCGCUUUCCUGCUACCAUUCGCAUCCGGAUCGGCCCCUGCCGCAAAGGGCGUCAUCACGGAAAUGUGCCCGCCGCAUAUGCGACAAGACGCCCUGAGUGCCAUUACCCUAGUUGAGAGUGCAGCGACUCUCACGACGCAGGGUAUCUUCGGCUUCAUAUUUGCCACGCUGUCUGAGAUGGGCAAGCCGAAUCUCACCUUCUUCGUGAACGCCGCUCUCGCCGUUGUCGCCGUGGGCAUUCUUCUACUGGCUCAUUACCCCCCGGUUAACAGUACGCGGGUCGAGGAUGAGGCGAGUGAAGGGAUCAGUGAAUCAAAUUGA